AUGUUGAGUGAAAAUCAGAAUCUAGCCAUGAACGGUUACCUAGAAAGUAUAUCCACCAACUUAGAAAAUAGCAGGAAUUGCCUUCGUCGCAUAGCUAGACACGACGACACAGAAUUUUCUAACCAAAGCAUCCUUAACGUCAUGGAGAAAUUUGUUAAGACCGUCAACAAAAUGGAUGAAACCAUUUUAGUGCCUUGUCGUUUGAUGGACUUAAAAGUCGGAGAUGAGCAAGACCCAGCUUGUCAAAAUUCAAAGACCAAAUCAUCCCACUCUGUACACCAAAUUCUAAGUUCUACUGACCUGUUUGAGAUCUACAAUAUGUUGAACGGGGUAAAGGACUCGCUGUUAUGGGGAGGAGCUCAAGAGCCUCCAAAGAAUCCUCCACCACCUACUACUGCCGUUGUAACAUCAGUAACUACUCCAAUUAUCAAGGGCCACAUCCGUAGACCCUCUUCAGUGAGUGUGACUUCCACAAAUUCGUCAUCUACUCUAAGCGAUACUGAUUCUGAGUCUGGCAGCAAUGAAAUCGAUUCUGGAAUUGAUGAGACAUCCCAAGAGGAAGGAAAAGCCGAAAGAAUCGCUCAAGAUUUUAAAAGACACUUACAUGGACUCACCAGUACGCUACGUCACAUGACAGAAGCUGCUCAGUACCUGACCUGGCGUUACCAGUACGACAUUGGUGGCCCCGUUUAACAAAUCUAUUUUUUAGGUCAAUGGACUGAUGUUUUAUAUUAAUUAUAGUUAAUUUUUGGAUACAGGGCGACUCAGCAGUUUGUGGGCGGCCAGUUCAUAUUUGACACAAAUUACUAAAAACACUACUCACACGAUGUUAAAGUCGUGAUUGUAUGAAAAUGAAUGACCAAAUAUAAGUGAAAAUAGUUUUUAGGUAUUUGUCGUAUGCUUUUUUUAAAUCUUUAUUAUUUAUUAGUUUGUUUACGAUUAUUAAUUAAAAUUCUUUUUAUGCGAUUAAAUUAUGUGUAGGAGAAAUGUGCACAAAAUGACAUAUUGCUAAUAGACAAAAUGACAUACAUAUAUAGCUACAAUAUUAUUGGAAUAAUUCGCAAAUUAAAAGCUUAGUUCUUAUUGGAACAUCAGUUCAAGGAGGGUGAGCCUAAAGCGAACAUUGUAAGCACCGCAAGCAAUUAAAAUCUUGUUCCUCAUCGUUUUCUUAAAAUAAUUUUUUGGUGGCUUUGCGUUUUCCCUUUGUUGGGGGAGCUAUGGGCUGAAUUUUAGAUUUUAUUUUCAACAUAUUAGGAGUACAAGUCAACACCAACAAGCUCUGGUUUACGUUUUCCUUGCCACCAUUAAACGUGCUUUUGCCAUCGGAGAAAGCAGCUCAAUAGGAACAGCAAGAUCAAAAAACGAUGGACGUUCAUUGGUAGCAGCAGCAGUUACAGAAACUUAAAUACGGUGUGGUCUAUAGCCAACAGAUUCUAACAAGCUUCCGUACAACUGAUAAAACUUUGGACUUGAGGCCGAUUAAAAGCUUAAGCACGGGCUACUGAUGUGGCUUCUGGUUUGCGCAAAAAUAUAUUUCUGUUACUUCUUUGAAAUCUUUUAUGCCUUUUGAUUUUAGAUGUUAAAUUUAUCAGCGAAAUUGUUUUUCUUAGCCAUCUUACAGGCUAUUUUUCUACCUAUGCUCGUGUCAGUCCUAACAAACGACUUUGAAGGAAUUUUAUAUGAUCAACUAAUUGCCUUUUCAAUCAGAUGAAAAGGAAGUUUUUCCUCAAAGCAAGGCAUUUUAAAUUUGACUCCAAAGGGUGCUUUUUCUAUAAAUAAGUUACUUAAUUUGAAGAUAAAUGUUUGAGCAAUGAAACAAAUGCUACAUAAAUAGAUGCAGUAGCAAAAAACUUCCCAUUUGAACAAAAACUUUGUCAGUAUGAAAGAAAAUCGUUACGUGUGAAUAUCUAUCAUUGGCCAUGACACCAAGACGAAUGAAAUGGGUGCGUUCAAAAUUUGAAAGUUUAUAGAGUACCGUUAUGACCGCGUGGUGUAACUGUUAGUUUCGUGUCAAGUCCGCCAGAUUCACAAUAACGCGCCUAUUUCAUUUUGUACAAAUAUGUCAUUUUGCACAUAUUUCCCCUAUUAAUUAUUGUCUUGUAAGACGUAAUGCGUUAGAAAGACAUUUAAAGCCUUGGUAUUGCAAACUUAUAAAAUGUUACAUUAUAUUAAAGAUAAUAUCUUUUGAAGUAGCAAUAAACAAGUAUAGUAACAAUCUAGAUUGUUUAAAAAGAGACAGAGCAAACACUAGAACAUACAUUUUCACAAAAUGAUACUGUGUAUCAGUUUAUUCCAAUAGGUUUAGAUUAAUUUCUAUUAUGAAAUAGUGUACUCAAUUCUACAUUAAAAUUUUUGCCGGUUUAAUUUUUCUUAAAAAAAAUAGUUUCUUUGUUUCUGAACAUUUUUAAAUGUAUAACAUAUUUAAAUAUGCAGAUUACGAAACAAUAAUUUUGGAGUAGAAGCAUUUUGCCCAGUGUAAUAUACUUUGAAUACACUACUUCUUCAUUUGUGACGUGAUCUAUUUAUGAAAUUUCAAGAAUUGUCCAUUAGGUGGGCAUUUCAAAUUAUCUUUAAAAUUUUAAGAUCUUAAUUUCACCAAAACAUAGGAUUAUAGGCGUCAUAUAGAACAUCCUAUGUCUUAUGUUAAAUCUAGUAACUAAGCUUUGUUCGGUAAAUUGUUUCACUCUUGAAGUGUAUAAAGGAAUGUUUGUGUAACAUUUUGUAACCUUUGUCAAAUAUGUACCACAAAUGUUUACAAUUAAACCCGACUAAAUAUAGUGAAAUAAAUUAAUUUUAAUUAAUGUUGUUCUUCUACUCCUCUAUAAAAAUAAUUGUUAAAAUAGCUUAUAAAAAUAAUCUUGUUUAAUUUCUCGAAAUAUAAAUUUUAAUUUUCGUAUAAGGUUCAGACUUACAGUAUUAGUUAUAUUAUAAUUUACAGGAAUUUUUCAAUUUCUUUUGUAAUAUCUACACAUACAACAAAAAGUAUCUUAUGUUAAGAUUCAUAAAUUAAGAAGUUAUUGUUGCUUUAACUUUAUGAAAUUUUGAUAUUUUUUGCUGUAUUGUCAUUAUUAAAUAUUUAUUUAAGUUAUUCUUUAUUGAUAAAUAUUCAUUCAAAUAAUUUGUGUCAAAUAUACUGGUGAAAAAGGCAGAAAGUGCAGUUACUCUGUGUAUAAUUUGGAAAAGUGAUAAUAUUUAUAUACUAGAUUUAUCUAUUUUUGCUCAUAAAUUUAUGAAUCUAUUUAUUUUUAAAUAUUUAGUAUUAUUGUUUAUUUUACCUCUGUAUUGUUUUAAUUUAUAAUAAAUAUUAUUGAGGUUUAU